AUGCCUAGCCUCGGUUUCCUCAAGAAGAAGCGGACAAGGGAGGCCGAUCCUUCUUCCACAGCCAGUCAGCCCACGAGUCCAAUCACCCCCACCACCACGGCAAGAAGCUUCGACAACUCUACCCUUCCUACCUCGCCGUCAGCACAGUCCGCCGAACCGCAGCAGAAGGUCGCACCGGCGCCCAGGCCGUUAUCUGAGGGCGCGAAGGUGGCCAUGAAUCCCGCCACUGCUCACCUUGCUGCCCCGUACAGUGUCACACCUCCGGCCCAUUCCCCGUCGCCGGGAACCGACCCGCAGAACCUACCGAGUAUCGCCAACCUCAUCAACCCCCCGCAGCAUGACGGCACCCAACAAGCACCUCAAGCACUCCCGGGGCAAGGGCAAUCGCAGUCGCUGAACCACGGCCGGUUUCCCCAGCCGCCCGCGAACGGCCAAUCUGCAACCGGCGCGCAAGCAUCAGGCGCCAUGUCUCAACAACAGCAAAACCCGGCCCAAGCACUGCAGGCGCAACAGGCCGCGGCGGCGCAGCAGCAACAGCAGCAGCAGUCGAGACAGACCAAAGGGAAAUACUCGCUCGUCGACUUCGACAUACUACGGACCCUUGGAACCGGUAGUUUCGGCAGGGUACACCUCGUACAGUCGAAGCACAACUCGCGCUUCUACGCCGUCAAGGUGCUGAAGAAGGCACAGGUUGUCAAGAUGAAGCAGGUCGAACACACGAACGACGAGCGGAAGAUGCUGGGCGAGGUCAAGCAUCCAUUCCUGAUCACACUCUGGGGCACGUUCCAGGACUCGAAGAAUCUGUACAUGGUGAUGGACUUCGUCGAGGGUGGUGAGCUGUUCUCGUUGCUGAGGAAAUCCGGCCGCUUCCCCAACCCUGUCGCCAAAUUCUAUGCCGCCGAAGUCACCCUUGCGCUCGAAUACCUACACGAGAAACAUAUCAUCUACCGCGAUCUGAAACCAGAGAACCUGCUGCUUGACCGGCAUGGCCACCUCAAGAUCACGGACUUUGGCUUUGCCAAACGGGUUCCGGACAAGACGUGGACGCUAUGCGGUACCCCUGACUACCUCGCGCCUGAAGUGGUGUCCAACAAAGGCUACAACAAGUCGGUGGACUGGUGGUCAUUAGGAAUUCUGAUAUACGAAAUGCUGUGUGGAUACACGCCGUUUUGGGAUAGCGGCUCACCAAUGAAGAUCUACGAGAACAUCCUUCGCGGGAAAGUAAAGUACCCGGCCUAUAUCAACCCGGACGCCCAGGAUCUGCUAGAGAGACUUAUCACAGCCGACCUGACGAAGAGGCUGGGCAACCUGUACGGUGGGCCCAAGGAUGUAAAACAACACGCGUGGUUCGCCGAAGUCACAUGGGACCGGCUCGCGAGGAAGGAUAUCGAUGCACCAUAUACGCCUCCUGUCAAAGCGGGCGCGGGCGAUGCCAGCCAAUUCGACAGGUACCCCGAGGACCCUGAGCGUUAUGGCCAAGGAGGUCAUGAUGAUUACGGGCAUAUGUUCGGCGACUUUUAG